AUGAAGCCAAAAACCCGCCAAAACUCCCCGGAUUUGUUACUCGCUUCGCGGCUUGAAGCUCAAGGACUAGUGGUGCUGCGCGGCGGUGAUGUGGUCUCGGCGGUGUGGUGUUUUGCAGCGGCAGAGGAGGCUGUUGCAUGGAGUUGGGGCUGGGAUGGUGUGGUGGAGGAGCAGCGGGUGGUCAUGGAAGGUGGGGCUCAGCUGCUUCGGUGGUGCGGCGUGACCAGGAAGGCGGAGUUGAUGCUGCUGCUGUUGGCUGCGUUGGUGGAGACGGUGGCUGGUGCGUGCGGCGGUUAUGAGGAAGGCGGAGAAGAUGGUGAUGGAGGUGUAGGGUUCGGUGGUUUUCGGUCAAGUUUCGGUUCAGUUCUCCUCAUCCAAAUCCUUGAAAUUGAAGUAAACAGCAGUGUUCCGUUGCGUCCGCCAACAAGGAUUUUUACAUCGGAAACGAUACGAGUGUUAAUACUAUGUGGGAAGAACAUUGUUUUGAAGGUUCCGAAAUCUGUCAGCCUGCCUAAACUCAAGGUACUCCACUUAUACCGUUGCGAUAUUCAGUUUGAUUCCAACAGUUUGAAAAUUGCUGAUGAAGGGUGUCCCCUGCUUGAGGAAUUGGAAUUGAUUGAAAUUACAUUCCCUGAUAUCGCAGUCAUUGGAAUCUCUCUGCCCACAUUGAAAAGGAUAGGUUUAACCAUUGGAUAUGAAAAAGAGUUUAGGAUUGACAUUCAUGCUCCACAACUUCAGCAUAUCUAUUGUGGUCUUGUAAGUUGUCUGACACCAGACAUUCAAUUCCAUUUGGUCAACUGUGGAUCUCUGGUGUCGGCAAAGUUUUCUAGCUAUUUCCCUCCAUUAGCCCCUGGAAGUCAAUGGUAUUUUGAAUUUUUGCGCGAGUUCAAGGAAAUCAAAGAGCUUCACUUAUCUGAGAUCUUUCUUAUGUGUUUCAUCAGGCAUGCCGAUUCCUUGCCUACGUUUCCACAUUUGAUCCGUUUAGAGCUGUCUGCAACUGAAGACAUAAUGUGGAUUCUACUUCAACGAUCGCCGGUUCUAGAAGAGCUUGAUUGCUACAUGCCCGAUAGAGCUAUUUUAGCUCCUUUGGAGAAUGAACCACUGUGUUUAACUCAAAAUCUUAGAGAAAUCAGAAUAAGAAACUUCAAGGGGGAUGAACCUGAGCGUGAACUAGUUAGAUACUUUUUACAGCAUGGAGGAGUACUUAAGAGGAUGAUUAUAGAGCGUUCAAGCGAUAGCUUAGAGGAAUGGCCAGCGUUGAUGUGGAAGCCGUUAACAAAGCUCAGACGGCGCUCACCGAAAUUUGAGCUCGAGCUCGUUUGAAGCUAAGAACUUGUCUGUUUGAUAUCUUUCAAUCCAAUUGGCAAAAAACAAAAAAAAAACCCUGCAGGAUCUCAUGCAUCUGGUGCAUUACUUUCAACUGAUGCUAAAUCAAGUGUGGCAUACUAUAUCUUCAGUUGAGCUGGUUUUAUUUCAUAAUGCAAGAGCUUGUCAAGUUUAAGAGCAUUGGUGUUGAAAACCCAAGUUCAUUUUUCUUUGGCAGUUUAAUAUUCUUAAUAGUAGUUUCUUGUGUUAAUUUUAUAUUUUUUUGGAAGGAUUUGUAAGUAAA